UCCAUGGUGACCCUGGACAAUGUACUCCCGGGCAGUGAGGACCAGCAUAAUGGAGAUUAUUUAAGUACAAUUGUUAAAAAGUGUACUACAUUUUGUAAAUCCAAUGAUGUGUCUGAUCCUAUUCAUGUGCUAAAGAUCUUUCAAAAAGAGAUUGUCACUGGGAGACCAUUAGAACUAACAGAAGAGACAUCAUCUACGGGCAUUUAUGGUGAAACCAAUUUCAUUUUGGUAGACAGAGGCGAUCUACUGAAAACAGCAAUUGAGGAAAUAAGGGCAAUAAGCGACAUGAGGAAAUGCCUUGAAGUUCAGUUCUAUGGAGAGUGUGCUGCUGAUUUUGGAGGUCCAAGAAAGAAAUUCUUCUCUCUUGUCCUGCAUUGCAUUAAGGAAGAAUACUUCGAGCCAGUGAGAGAGUGGUCAGAUGACUAUGAAGCUGUUGGCAGAAUAUUGGCUCUGAGCACUAUUCAAAACGGAAGAUUACCUAGAAUUAUGUCAGCAGAGCUAGUGGAGAAAGUAUUCAAUCAAGUGCUGCCUGUAGACAAGUACAUCCAGGACCUAAGAAAAGGUCUUGACAGUCUUGGUCUUGUUCAGCUUGUUCAAGAACUGCCAGCUGUUAUUCACCUGUUCACACCUCAACAGUCGAAUCCUUUAACGGUGAAGAUGUUGACACACCUAUUGAACCCACAGUUUAGUGCUGAAGGGUCAAACAGAAGACAGAGAGAGAAUUCCACAUACACGUUGUUCAUCAAAUACAUGCGUGAAGCUGCAAGUGGAAGACGAGGUGCUGUAAAUCUUGGGAGCAUAUUAAGGUUUGCCACUGGUACAGAGGAGGAACCUGCCUUGGGCUUUGCUCUUCAGCCUUCCAUUCAAUUUAUGGAAAGUGCUAAUUUCCUGCCCACUGCAAAUACCUGCAUAAACAGAAUGAAUUUAUCAUUGCCAGAUGAAAGUAAUCCACUACCACUGCAAGAGGAACUGUUCAAUUUGUUUGAUCUAGCAUUUUGUAACACAUUCUUUGGUUUAGAAUAAAAAAUGACAUUCACAUAUAAUUAUACCCCCAUUACCAUUGGUAAUAGAGGCUAUAUAGGAGUCACUCUGUCGGUCAGUCGGGCUGUCACAAAAUUUCAUCCAAUCUUCACCAAACUUGGUCACAAGUUGUAUCUAGAUGAUGUCUAGGUCAAGUUUGAAUAUGGGUCAUGCCAGGUCAAAAACUAGGUCACGGGUCACUUACUGCGUUUUAAACCGAAAGUUUGUCCGGACCAUAACCAUGUCAUUUAUCAUUAGAUUUCAAAAUCACUUGGUACAUUUGUUCACCAUCAUAGGACGGUGUGUCAUGCAAUAGAAGGACGUCGAUGUCUCCAAGGUCAAGGUUACACUUUGAAUUCAAAGGUCAAGUCGGUCGGUCUGUCUGUCUCAAAAAUUUCAUCUGAUCUUCACCAAACUUGGUCAGAAGUUGUAUCUAGAUGUUGUCAAGGUCAAGUUCGAAUAUGGGUCAUGCCGGGUCAAAAACUAGGUCACAGGUCACUAACUGCGUUUUAAAAUGAAAGUUUGUCUGGACCAUAAGUUCAUAACCAUAUCAUUUAUCAUUAGAUUUUAAAAUGACUUGGUACAUUUGUUCACCAUAAGUGGACAGUGUGUCAUGCAAAAGAAUUAAGUCGAUAUCUCCGAUGUCAAGGUCACUCUUGGAGUUCAAAAUUCAAAAAAGGCCAUAAAUGAGCUUGUCCAUGCCAUAACUAUGUCAUUCAUUGUAAGAUUUGAAAAUGACUCCCUACAUUAAUUUUGUUCACAGUCAUUGGACGGCAUGUCAUGCAAAAGAAUUCAAGAGUUCAAAGGUCAAAAUGGCCAUAAAAGACAAUGGCAUAAUCAUUCUUCCAAAUCGCCAUAAAUUAGCUUCUCUUGUUUUGUGAAGACAGCGUGCAAAAUAUUCAAUGUCACUGCAGCAUUUUGGGGUAUAUGUCACGUCUGUGACAAAGCUCUAGUUGUGUAUAUGUAUGUAGUAAAAAAUGUUUUGAAUGUAGUAUGUGAGUUAUAUUGGUGUAAUCAACAUUUACUUUGUGAACCCUCAAGAGGCCAACCUUUUUUUGCAAUCUUGAAACUUGGUCAGCACAUUUGUCCCCAUAACAUUAUUACCUCUCCUGAGCACUAUAGCCCCUAUGUAGAGCUUAUGUGAUAGUCCUUUGUUUUUUGUGCAUAUAGUCCUUUUUUUUUGUGCAUCGUCAAUAUAUGCCAUGUGAACGCUAGAGUCUACAUUUUUGUCCGAUCUAAAUGAAACUUGGUCAGAUAAUUAGUCCCAAUGAUAUCUGGACUCGGUUUGAAAUUGGGUCAUUAAGAUGUCAAACACUAGGUCAAAAAAGAAAAACCAUGUGAACACUAGAGGUCAAAUUUGAUGCCUAAUCUUCAUGUAAUUUUGUAAUAAUGUUUUUUUUAAUGAUAGGUUCAUUGUUGGUUGAGCAUGAAAAUAAGCCUUUUUUCCAUGAACAUUUACAAAUUUUACUGUAUUGUAGUGUACACAAUGUGUAAAGUAUAUCAAUUCUUUGAAUUUGCUUAUUAGCAUGUUGUUAAUUAUGUCUUAUUUACAUGCAAUACAUUUUGCUUGUUUACAUUGUAAAUGUGAUGUUCAUUUAA